AUGGUCGCUGAUAUCAGCGUGAGGAAGAAGGUUGACCUCCUUCAAGUAUGCAAUCGCGCCGGAGUGUUCACCGCGAUAUGGGCCGAUACCGCACAGCCAGAUGCGCCUCAAACGCCCGCAAAGUUCCCGCGUUUGCCAAAUCUCACCUUCUAG